AUGAUAUAUCAAGAAUGUGCACAAUUAGAAGCUGGUGUUACUUUUUUUAUUCUUGGUGUAGGUGAACAAAAUAUUAAAUUUUUUAUUAUUGCAUCAUGUACAGAUAAACCAGCUCAAUCGUUAUUAACUAAUAUGGUCUCCCACAAUGCUAAUUAUAGCUGUGCAAAAUGCUUUACUGAAGGUGAAAAUUUCACUAUCUAUUCGAAAAAAGUACGAAAAAGUACCAUCAAAGUAUUCCCGUAUAGAAAUGAUGAAGUCAGGAAUAAUUCCAUAUGCAAUAAUCUGGCGAUCGAAGCCGAACAGCAUGGCUCUCCUGUUAAAGGACAUGCUGCUCCGUGCCCUUUAACAAAAUUAAAAUAUUAUUCUUUUGGUGAAUCAAUACUCUUUGAUUCAUUGCAUACAUUAUAUUUAGGUGUAUUUAAAAAAUUUUGUUCGUUGAUUUUUUCUAAAUCCAAAACUGAUCGUCAACAAAAAUGGUCGCUUUAUAAUAAAAUAAAUAGUAUUGAUCAAGGGUUAUCUUCUGUUAAAAUUCCAACUACUACAAGUCGAAGAUUUCGAACAAUAAAACAUAUUGCACGUUUCAAGGCGAACGAAUUCAGAUCCUUAAUGCAUCACGGUUCAACAGUAUUGUUACAAGCAAUGUUACCAAAAUAUCGUCGACAUUUUGCAUUGUUAUUAGCUGCUGUUAACAUUGCUUCUAAAGAUAUUAUUGGCAAUUAUGAUAUAAUAUUAGUCAAAGAAUUAUUACAUCAAUAUGUAAAAGAUUGGCAAAAGAUAUUUGGUCUUCGUCAUAUGUCAUCCAAUAUACAUUCACUUUUACAUAUUCAUGAAUCAAUACAAUUUCUAGGUCCUUUAUAUAUGUAUAGUGCUUUUAAUUUUGAAGGCAUUGGUCAUGACUUGGUGUGCAUGAUCCAUGGUAUGACACACUAUGGACCACAAUUAAUUUCAAAUUUACAAUAUUAUCGACAAGCUAUAAUUGAUGUAUUCAAACUUGAUUAUCCAGAAAAACUACUUUAUUUUAAUGAAAGUAUUCUUAGUCGCAAAUUAGUAUCAAAUCAAGGAAUACACGUGAGAAAACGAGUGUCUUUUACAAAUUAUGUUGACGAGAUGAAGCAUUUGAACUUAAUUACAAAAAGAAAAUUCUUGUAUCAUGAUGAAUUAGCCAUCAAACAUGUUAAAUAUAAAACUUUAUCAUCCACAAAAUCUCGCAAAUUCGCCGAUUGUUGUGUUUCAUUUGUAUUUGGACGACAAAUUAAAUUAGGACUUAUUAGAGCGAUUGUAAGCGAUCCAAACGAUAAUGGAAAAAUACUUAUUUUAUUGGAAGAUCUUAUUGAUGAAUUUGCAAGACAUCAUUUAUUACAAUUUAAAACGAAUAACACAACAUUCUCAACAAUUCCGAAUAUUUACAUUCGAAAACGUUCUUCGUGUCUUAUUCUUAGAUCGUCAUCGCAUAUUUUGCAGAAACAUUCUUUCAGAUUUCUUAAUAAUGAAGAAACUAUUGAAAUAAUCGAAUAUUCAAAUCUUAAAGAGAGCAGUUGA